AUGGAGGUGGUAGAGAAGAGCUUGGACUCUCAAUUAUGGCACGCCUGUGCCGGAGGUAUGGUUCAAAUGCCUCCAGUUCACACCAAAGUCUACUAUUUCCCUCAAGGUCAUACCGAACACGCCCUCACUAACGUUGAUUUCGGGGCAAUCCCUAGGGUUCCAGCAUUGAUUCUUUGCCGUGUGGCUGCCGUGAAGUUUUUGGCCGACCCUGAAACCGAUGAAGUAUAUUCUAAAAUUAGGUUAAUACCGAUUAGCAACAAUAAGCAUGAUUUUGAUGAUGAUGAUGGGGUUUUGGGGAGUAAUGGGUCUGAAUCCCCUGAAAACCCCACUUCUUUUGCGAAAACAUUGACUCAGUCCGAUGCGAAUAAUGGUGGGGGGUUCUCAGUUCCUCGGUACUGUGCUGAGACAAUCUUUCCUCCGCUGGAUUACUCAGCUGAUCCCCCGGUUCAAACCGUGAUUGCUAAGGAUGUUCAUGGUGAAAUUUGGAAGUUUAGGCAUAUUUAUAGGGGGACACCUAGGAGGCAUUUGUUAACUACUGGAUGGAGUACUUUUGUGAACCAGAAGAAGCUGGUUGCUGGGGAUUCCGUUGUGUUCUUGAGGGCAGAAAAUGGGGAUCUUUGUAUUGGGAUUCGAAGGGCAAAGAGGGGUGGCAUUGGUGGUCCUGAGUCCCCAUCUGGGUGGAACUCUGCUGCUGGGAAUUAUAGGGGAUUUUCGUUGUUCUUGAGGGCUGAUGAGAACAUAUUAAUGAGAAGUGGUAGUAAUGGGAGUUUGAGUUCCCCUGGAGGUACGAGGAGGAAGGGAAGAGCAAGGCCCGAAACGGUGAUUGAAGCAGUAUCUCUUGCUGCUAAUGGGCAUCCAUUUGAGAUUGUUUAUUACCCGCGUGCUAGCACUCCCGAGUUUUGUGUUAAGGCUUCGUCUGUUAGUGCUGCAAUGAGAAUUCAGUGGUGCUCUGGGAUGAGAUUCAAAAUGCCCUUUGAAACUGAGGAUUCUUCCCGGAUUAGCUGGUUCAUGGGAACAAUAGCUUCUGUUCAGGUUGCUGACCCCAUCCGCUGGCCUAAUUCACCAUGGCGACUUCUCCAGGUCGCAUGGGAUGAACCAGAUUUGCUGCAAAAUGUGAAGCAGGUCAGCCCAUGGCUAGUUGAAUUGGUAUCAAAUAUGCCUGUCAUUCAUCUGUCACCCUUCUCACCACCCAGGAAAAAGUUGCGGAUACCGCAACACCCAGACUUUCCAAUUGACGGCCAAUUUCCAAUGCCGUCGUUUUCAGGCAACCCCCUCGGGCCCAGCAGUCCUUUGUGUUGUCUACCUGACAACAUUCCUGCAGGCAUACAGGGAGCCAGGCAUGCUCAAUUUGGAGCACAAUUAUCAGAUCUCCACAUUAGCAACAAACUGCAGUUGGGAUUGUUUCCACCGCCCAGCUUCCAACAGGUUGAUCCACAUGCCAAAGUCUCGGAUGGCAUUAUCCAAUGUCACACUAAUGGCAGUGACAAUAUAUCUUGCUUGCUAUCUAUGGGGAAUCCUAGUCAUAAGUUGGAGAAAUCUGAUAAUGUAAAGACACCCAGUUUUAUACUCUUUGGACAGCCAAUACUCACUGAACAGCAGAUCUUUGGGUGUUUCAGUGACGCACUUUCACGAGUUCCAACCAGGAAGCGAUCCCUGGACAGGAAUCUAGACAAGGCAGAAAAAUCUGUGCUUGGCCAGCAAGGUAUUCCAGAUAAUCUGUCCAGUGCUGGGUUUUUGUGGAACAAUGGCUUUCACACAGCUAAACUUGGCCUGGAUACUGGUCACUGCAAAGUAUUCCUCGAGUCAGAGGAUGUAGGCCGGACCGUUGAUCUCUCGGUCCUUGGAUCUUAUGAAGAGUUAUACAGAAGGCUGGCAAACAUGUUUGGAAUUGAAAGAUCAGAGAUGCAGAGCCAUGUGCUCUACCGAGAUUCAACAGGUGCGGUUAAACAAACUGGAGAUGAACCAUUCAGCGUGUUCAUGAAAACUGCAAAAAGGCUAACAAUUUUUAUGGAUCCGGGCAGCAACAACGUUGGAAGGAAAUGGAUUGCAAGUCUGCGAAAUAAUGAACAUGGACUGGAUUCGUCAAGCCAGACUGGCCCCUUGAGCAUAUUUGCAUAAUAUGUUAUGGCAUUUAAGAAGGAAUCCUCGUAAAAAUUUGAGAACUUUCUCCUGGUUAUGUAGUUAAGAACUUUUCACUUAGAACAUUCUACAAUAUAAAUUUCUCUUCUUUUUUUUUUUGAGAGAAAGACUAGUGUGUGUUUCAUCGAAUGUUGUUGACUAAUUCGUAGCAAGAACUGACUAUUGAUAUGCCUAAAUAUGAUGCAUAAGAGAAUUAUGUUUCAAGUGAGCCCUCUGCAUUUCCAUGGUUAAUGAGCAUGCUACCGUCCUAUCAGACCAGGGUCACAAACUACAUGGUCUUCACAUCACAUACUCGGAUAUCUGACCUGCAUCGUAUAAAUAUUGCUUGCUUUAAAUUAAACCUGCAUGACAUAAAAUGCGUUGCAUGACUGAUGUUUGAAGGUUGUACCUAUAUUUAAUAUUAUUCACUACGCAAUGUUAGACAAUUCUAGGUCACCACUACAUUACUCUUCGAAUUUUCAUGCUUUGAUGCUGCCCCUGGUUUGAAAGUUUGCCAUGGUAGUACCAGCCCAUGAGGCACAACUGUUUUUGGACUUUGAUCGAACUUGCAUUUGCUGUAGUGAAAUGUUAGUUGCCCACUCGGAAAAAAACUAUUCUUCUUGGUGAGAUGAAUGAAUGUAACGUGAAUACUGUUUUCUCAUCCACACGACUGUCCUUGGUUGCAACCAAGAGAAAGACAAGGGUAUAAGAGUGACUAUUGAAAAAAAAAAUUUAUACUGUAUUACUUUACCAUAUUUUUUAGGUAGCUAUACUAUUUUUGAGUGUUUACUAACUUUUACGAUAUAUUCACUUUUGGGAUUCACAUUUUGGGGGUAGAAUUUUUUAUUCAGUUUUUUUUUUUUUUAUAGUAUCAAAAAUUAAAAAGUCGGUACCAUUGUAUUUCCCAAGAUAUAAACAUAGGAUAGACAUUAGUACCAAAAAAUUGGUCAAAGUAUCAAAAUGCCACAAAUACUUCAAAAUAAUAUAUCUAUUUAGACUUUAGUUCAAAAAAAUAUAUAUCUCAGUUAUUUUUUUUGGUUUUAAAGGAAAAGAAGCUCGGUCCCGAGUUAUUGGGCAGUGGUUUUUUUAUCAAUUUUUUGAACAAAAAUAGUUUUUAUCUGCACUAAAGAAAAAUUUGAAAAUAAGAUUUAUUCAAGAACUUUUAAAGAAAAGUUGAUUUUUUUUUUAACACACUAGAGACAAUUCCAAGAGUUUUUUUAACUUGAUUUUUUUAUUUCACUAAUUAAAAUUUUAUUUUGCACCUAAAAAAGUUAACUUCAAAUGAUCUAAAUAUUUACCAAUAUUAAUUAUUUUUUGUAUGAUAUAAAAAAUAAAAUAAAAUAUGGGUCCUACGCAUAUCAGAAGCAGGUAGGGUAGGAUUGGAUUGUUAUGGACACUUGUUGACAAUCCCCAGCCGACCAAACCCACACGUGAGGUGUUUGAGUGGGACCCAUGCCAACGAAGAUGAGGCGGGAUCUGGUCAAAUUUGAUAAUUUUACCCACAACACUCCCAACAAGUGAGUGUUGUUUCCAUUCAAGUCGCCGUUUUGACGGCCGGGUCCCUUCUCCCUCGGCUCCUUGUUUUCAUGGCCUGGCCCAUUUGACUCUUAGUUUUACUCUCCCCCU